AUGGACUCCUUUGUUGAAAAGUUUGCAAAGAAUUUAGAGCCAUAUGCUCAUGAAUUAUCUUCAAAAUUGGUGGAACAAUUUCUUAGAUUAGCUUCUGAGUUAUUAGACCAACAAACUAGUAGUACUAGUAAUAAUAUUGACCUCGAUAAAGAAUAUCAAGCUUCUGGUAUUUUAAACACUUUAACCACCUUGGUUAUUGCUAUGAAUUCUUCUCCAAAUGUUGCAGCUUCUAUGGAAAGCGUUAUACAGGAUAUGGUUAAAUUUAUUCUUGAAAAUGCCAUGGUUGCAUUCUUAGGUGAAGCAAUUGAAAUUCUCGAAUCCAUCUUGUUCAGUACUCAACACGUUUCACCUACUUUAUGGACUUUAUUCCAAUCCUGUAUUGAUUCUUUCGAUACCUAUGCAUUGGAAUACUUUGAUACCUUCCAACCAUUUUUUGAAAGUGUCAUCAACCAUGGUUUCAGCCAAAGCGAAGUUACUAUUGAAACUCCAUACGUACAAUCAUUGCUCAAUGUCUGCUUCAAUAUCCUUAGCAGCGAUUCGUUAGAUCCUAUUUUUGCAGACUGUGCAUUUGAGUUAAUUGAGUUAACCAUAUUAAGUAUGAACACCAGAUUUAUUUCAUUCUUGCCAAGAUUCUUGCCUGAAAUUUUUAACGUAUUUACCAAUUUGGAAUCCCAAGAUGCAUUUGAUGGCUAUAUGUUGCAUCAUUUAUCAGUCUUGAAGAUAUUCUUUGGAUGUCUUUACAUCGAUCCAUCUACUACUUUUAAAUUUUUGAACGAGAAACAAUUUACUGGCGGAUUUUUCCAAUUAUGGAUUAAGCAUUCUGGUGAUUUCCAAAGUGUUUAUGGUUGCAAGAUUCAAAUCUUAUGUUGCUUGUCUAUAUUAUGUGAUGCUGAUUUAUCUUUGAUUCCACAACAAGAAACUAUUCUGGAAGUAACAGAUUUAUUAAUUUCUAAUUUAGAAGUCUUGCCACACGCCAUUAAGGCAAGACAAGACAUUCUUUCCGAAGACCGUGGUAUGAAACAAUAUUCUACUAAUACAGGUGGUGAUGAUGAUGAAGAAGACGAAUAUGACGAUGCUUAUCUCGAAGAUGAUGAUUUCGAAGCAGAUGAAGCUGAAUUAGAAGCAAUGAAACAAACCCCUAUUGAUAAUAUUAAUGUUUUCGAAGUAUUUGCAAACAAGGUUUUGUCAUUACAACAGCAGGAUUCAGGUAAAUAUACAGGUAUUUUUGGAGGUUUAGAUUCUAGCCAGCAGGAUACAGUCGCUAAGAUUAUACAAAUUAAUCAGCAACAACAACAGCAACAGAAUAAAUAA